AUGGACGGACCAAACAACGGCAUCGUCCUGUAUCAUUACUCCUUUUCGCCAUUUGCCCGGAGAGUACUGUGGUAUCUCACUCUUCGAGGAAUAGAUUAUGCAGAAUGUAAACAACCUGCUACGAUGCCUCGGCCAGACCUGAAGGCAUUGGGCGUCAACUAUCGCCGAAUCCCCGUCAUGGCUAUCGGCCGCGAUAUCUAUUGUGACACUCGAAUCAUGUUGCGCAAGCUGGAAGACCUCUUCCCCGAUAGUCCCCUGCGUGCUUCGACGGUCGAACAAAAGGCAAUCGAGAAAUUCCUGGAAAUAUGGACUAUCGAGGCGGGGGUUUUCGUCCGAGCCUCUCAGCUCAUCCCUACAAGCAUGCCACUGCUGAAUGACCCAAAAUUCACCAAGGACCGAGAAGACUUCUCCGGCCGCUCGUGGAACAAAGAACAAAUCGCGGCGAAUAGGCCCGAAGCACUUGCCGCAAUUAGAAAUGGCUUCAAAUUCUUGGAGACCACUAUAUUGGCCGACGGACGGCAAUGGGUACUGAAAACAGAUCGACCGACUCUGGCCGAUAUCGAAGCUAUCUGGCCGUUUGAUUGGCUCAACGGCCUGAAGGGAGCAUUGCCGCGGGAGUUUAUCUCUGAGAAGCAGUAUCCUUUGGUGUUUGCCUGGAUUGCAAGGUUCAACAAGGCGCUUCAAGAAGCUAAAGCGCAAGCACCGAAACCUACCUCCCUAAAAGGUGGUGCUGCAGUGCAACGUAUCCUCACCGCCGCCUUUGCCCAAAGCGAGCUGGGGGUCGACAUUGGCGAUCCCUUGGGCCUUCAGCACGGGACGGAGGUCGAGGUGUUUCCCACUGACUCGGGAACCAAGCAUCACGACAGGGGUCGAUUGAUCGGUCUGAAUGAGGACGAAGUGGUGCUGAGUAUCCAGACGCAGGGGCGGGAGCUGCGGUUGCAUUACCCGAGGACCGGGUUCAGAAUCAAGGUUAUCACUCCUGGAAGUCAUGCGAAGCUGUAG